UUGCUGCUGGGCCUCUGGGCCCCUGUCACAGAAAGCAUCAUCCCAGAGGAAGAAGAGAAACCCGAAUUCUGGAACCGCAAAGCUCUCGAUGCCUUGGAAGCCGCCAAAAAGUUGCAGCCCAUCAACACUAGAGCCAAGAAUCUCAUUCUUUUCCUGGGAGAUGACGUACAACGUGGAUAGGCAGGUGCCGGACAGUGCGGGCACAGCCACCGCUUACCUGUGCGGGGUGAAGGCCAACUACAAGACCAUCGGGGUCAGCGCCGGCGCCCGCUUUAACGAGUGCCCAACAAACCAUGGCAAUGAGGUCUACUCCGUCCUGUCCCGAGCCAAGAAGGCAGGGAAGUCGGUGGGGGUGGUGACAACCACCCGCGUGCAGCACGCCUCCCCCUCGGGCAACUAUGCCCACGUGGUCAACCGCGACUGGUACUCGGACGCUGAUAUGAAAGCUGAAGACUUGAGGUUGGGCUGCAAGGAUAUCGCCACGCAGCUCAUCUCCAACGUGGACAUUGAUGUGAUCCUGGGAGGAGGCCGCAAGUACAUGUUCCCGAAAGGUACACCGGACCCCGAAUACCCAAAUGCCACCUCCGAGAGCGGGAUCCGGAAUGACAGCAAUGACCUGGUGAAGCAGUGGCUGAACGACCGCAAGGGUGCCCGCUACGUGUGGAACCGGACAGCGCUGCUGGAAGUGGCCAAAGACCCUUCAGUGACACAUAUUAUGGGUCUGUUUGAACCCGUGGACAUGAAGUAUGAAUUGCUGAGAGACCAGAAAUUGGAUCCCUCCUUGCUGGAGAUGACGGAAGCCGCCAUCCAACUGCUCAGUCGCAAUCCCCGGGGCUAUUACCUUUUUGUGGAAGGUGGCCGGAUUGAUCAUGGGCACCACGAAGGAAUAGCCCGCAUGGCCCUGACGGAGACCAUCCAGUUUGACUUAACCAUUGAGAGGACGACCCAGCUGACCAGUGACAGUGACACCCUCAUCGCGGUCACCGCCGAUCACUCCCAUGUCUUCACCUUCGGCGGCUAUACCCACAGGGGGACCUCCAUUUUUGGAAUUGUGCAAAACACGGCAAAAGAUAAGAAAAACUACACCUCCAUCCUCUAUGGCAACGGACCUGGACACGUCGAGGGUGACCGGCCUGACGUCGACGGGGUGACCAAUGAGGGGAUCAGUUACCUCCAGCAGGCAGCAGUACCCCUGUCCUCAGAGACGCACGGCGGGGAGGAUGUGGCCAUCUUUGCCCGGGGACCACAGGCUCACCUAUUCCACGGAGUGCAGGAGCAGAAUUACGUGGCCCAUGUCAUGGCGUUUGCCAGCUGCCUGGAGCCCUACGAAAACUGUGGGCUGCCGCUAUCCAAAGCAACAGCCCCCGUGUUCUUGUCACCCCUCUGGCUGGUCUCCCUCUCCCUGCUCCUCCUGCUGCUGGGGCUGCACUGAGCCCGUACUCCGGUCUCAGUCCCUGCCUCCUCCUGGAAUGACCUUUCCCAACGUGGGCUGAGCCCUGAGAGGGCCAGAAGCGGGGGAAGGACCUCCCAGGGAGCAAUCCCAGGACUCCUG